AUGCUCUACCUGGUUGGAUUUGGAUUGCACUCGUACAAGGACAUAACUCUCAGGGGACUGGAGGCUGUCAAAGGCAGUGCCACGGUGUAUCUCGAAAGCUACACAUCCAUCCACGGCGAGUCGCUGGAUGCGUUUGAAAAGCUCAUAGGGAAGAAGGUGCAUCUUGCAGACCGAGCCAUGAUGGAACAGACAGACAAAAUAGUUGACGAGUCCUGCAGGGAGAACGUCUCCCUACUUGUUGUUGGAACUCCGCUGUUUGCAACAACCCACUCGGACAUAAUGAUAAGGGCAAAGGAGAAGGGCGUGGAUGUGGAGGUGAUUCACAACGCCUCCAUCAUAAACGUGUUGGGCUGCUGCGGGCUCUACUCAUACUCCUUUGGAAGAGUAGUGUCCAUCCCAUACUUCACAGAGAGGUGGAAGCCAACAAGCUUUUACGACAAUAUAGUGAGGAACCACCAGAGCAACCUUCAUACACUAUGUCUCCUGGAUAUCAGGACAGAUGAGGACAGGUUCAUGAGCGUUAACGAGGCCGUCGACCAGAUUCUGGAGGCAGCCGCCAUUACAGGGUCUCCGCUUAUCAACGAAGACACCAGGAUCUUUGCAGUCUGCAGAUUCGGAUCGCCUUCAGAAGAAAUAGUCUACGGGAAAAUCGGGGACCUGAAGCUGAGGUCGUUUGGGGACCCCCUGCACUCAUUGAUAGUACCUGCAGAGCUGGACAGGGUUGAGGCGGAGCUGGUUGGAUCCCUAUUUAAGUAA